AUGUUAAUAUAUACAGGAACUCCACAUCACUGUUUGAACCCAAUUCAUGCUGCACAUCUCCAGCACCUUGUUAACGAACUGCAUUAUUCUGUGCAUUUUGUCCAGCAGUGCGGGGUGAACGAGCGCUUCUCUGACGAGCAGCUGGUGAGUCUGUCCGUGCGCGAGCUCAACCGACACCUGCGCGGAGUGGGCAAAGACGAAGUGGUGCGCCUGAAGCAGAAGCGGCGCACGCUCAAGAACCGUGGCUACGCCCAGUCCUGCCGCUACAAGCGCCUGCAGCACCGCCACGCCCUGGAGUCAGAGAAACACCUGCUCACACAACAGCUGGAACAGCUGCAGUGUGAACUGACUCGUGUGCUGAGGGAGAGAGACGCCUACAAAGCUCGCUAUGAGAAACUCCUCAGCACAAACCAGAGUUCUGCCAACGAGGCCCCUCAGACUCGCACCAGCAACCCUCCUUCUCCACCCCCGGACUACUUCCUCUGAGCUUAACCCACAAGGAAAAAUGAUCAGACUUGUGUAUCAGUAUGUGGCACACAUGCUUGUGUGUGGGGGGGAGGAACUAAAGAGAAACAUUGACAAAUAUGUUUUAUGCAUAUCCAAUUAUGAAAAUCACUUUUUGGUUGAAGGAGAUCAGUGUAAAGGCAUGGUUUGGGACUCAAUGAUCGGAGCUUUGUGAUUUUACAUUUACAAUCCCAAUUCUGAAGAAGUUGAAAGCAAGUCAUUUUGAAUUUGA